AUGGGCCGGGACAUCCUCUUUGUGACUCCACACACGACUGACGUGGUGGACUUGGAGGGCCUGUGUUGGGUCGACUCUAUGGACCACGGACUGAGGUUUUAUAAGCCGUUUCCCUACUGCUUGACUAUUGAUUUCGAUGUGGAUAGAUAUGACCCGGAAGAAGGUGGGGAUCUGGUGAGGUGCUCCUCGCUCGGGAAUUGGGCUCUUUUCGUGGGGGCCCGCAGCCACGCGGUUGCCUUGCCCGUGGCCCAGCUGCCCGGACUCAGGCCCAAUUCCAUUUACUUCACGGAUAUGGAAGGCACUGAAGUGUUUGAGGAUGAUCAACUGAUCAACGGCCACGAUAGUGGCAUUUUUGAUUAUGAGAAGAAGACAGUGUCACCGUGCUAUUAUCCAGUCGAUGUCCGCAGACUCAAGAAGAUUUUCCCGGCGCCUAUGUGGUUCUUCCCCAGCCUCGCCUCUAACUGA